AUGGUUAAAGCCGCUGUUCUCGGAGCCUCUGGUGGCAUUGGCCAGCCCCUUUCUCUUCUGCUCAAGACCUCCCCCCUCGUUGAUGAGCUAGCUCUUUACGAUGUUGUCAACACCCCCGGUGUUGCGGCCGAUCUGUCCCACAUUUCCUCCGUUGCUAAAGUCUCUGGAUACCUGCCCAAGGACGAUGGCCUGAAGAACGCGCUCACCGGCUGUGAUAUUGUCGUCAUCCCCGCUGGAAUUCCCCGCAAGCCUGGUAUGACUCGUGAUGACCUCUUCAAGAUCAACGCCGGCAUUGUCCGUGAUCUCGUCAAGGGUAUUGCCGAAUUUUGCCCUAAGGCCUUCGUCCUCAUUAUUUCUAACCCCGUUAACUCUACCGUCCCCAUCGCUGCUGAGGUUCUCAAGGCUGCCAAUGUCUUCGACCCCCAGCGUCUCUUCGGUGUCACCACCCUCGACGUUGUUCGUGCCGAGACCUUUACCCAAGAAUACUCUGGCCUCAAGGACCCCUCCAAAGCCAAGAUUCCUGUCAUUGGUGGCCACUCCGGCGAGACCAUUGUCCCUCUCUUCAGCAAAGCUGCCCCGGCAUUCCAGGUUCCUGCAGAUAAAUAUGAAGCCCUGGUGAAGCGUGUUCAAUUUGGUGGUGAUGAGGUCGUCGCGGCCAAGGAUGGUGCUGGUUCCGCUACCUUGUCCAUGGCCUUCGCUGGCUUCAGAUUCGCCGAGAGCGUCCUCAAGGCUUCUCAGGGCCAAUCCGACAUUGUCGAGCCCACCUACGUUUACCUGCCCGGUGUUCCUGGUGGUGAGGAGCUUGCCAAGGCAACCGGCGUUGACUUCUUCUCUACUUUCGUUCAGCUCGGGAAAAAUGGCGCAGAGAAGGCCGUUAACAUUCUCGGUGGCGUGACUGCCAGGGAACAGGAACUGAUUGAUGCCUGCGUGAAGGGCCUCAAGGGCAACAUUGAAAAAGGCAUCGAAUUCGUGAAGAGCCCCCCACCAAAGUAA